AUGACCGAGCUGCAGCAGUUGGGGAAAACCUUCCCAAGGGGAUCUCUUUUUCUCUUCUUCUUGCUGGGCCUGGCCUGCUUGUGGCUGCCUGCCACCUCCCGGCGAGCCCCAAGACCACCCCCUUGCCCCCCCAGCUGUUCUUGCACCAGAGACACUGCCUUCUGUGUGGACUCGAAGAGCAUACCCAAGAAUCUAGCCCGAGAUGUCAUUUCACUGACACUGAUAAAUGCAGCGUUCAGCGAAAUCAAGGAAGGCGCCUUUGCUCACCUGCCAUUUCUGCAGUUCCUCCUGCUGAACUCCAACAAGUUUUCCUUGAUCGGGGACAAUGCCUUCAUGGGACUCAUGCACCUGCAAUACCUGUUCAUAGAGAACAACGACAUCCAGUCUCUGUCCAAAAACACCUUCCGCGGGCUCAAAUCCCUGACACAUCUAUCUUUGGCCCACAACAAUCUGCAGACACUGCCCAGAGACAUCUUGAAGCCUUUGGACAUCCUAAGUGAUCUAGAUCUCCGAGGCAAUUCCUUCACCUGUGAUUGCAAAAUUAAGUGGUUGGUGGAAUGGAUGGAGAGCUCCAACACCACGGUACCCUCCGUCUUCUGUGGCAGCUCCCCUCAAUACCAAGGGCAGAAGAUCCGGGACCUGCCACUCAAGGAUUUUGAUUGCAUCACUACCGACUUUGUGGUGCACCAGGUCCUGCCCUUUCAGUCUGUGUCUGCUGAGCCCUUUGUCUAUGCCAGUGACCUCUACGUGGCUUUGGCUCAGCCAAGCUCCAGCAGUUGUACCAUCCUCAAGUGGGACUACGUUGAGCGCAAGCUGCGUGAUUUUGACCGCAUCCCAGCUCACUCAGCUGUCUACUGCAAGCCAAUCGUGGCUGAGUCACAGCUGUAUGUCGUUGUCGCCCAGCUCUUUGGUGGCUCCUAUAUCUACCGCUGGGAUACCAACAUCGACAAGUUCAUCAAGAUCCAAGACAUUGACAGCCAGAAGAUCCGUAAGCCCAAUGACAUUGAGGCCUUCACGAUUGAGGGUGAAUGGUUCUUUGUUAUUGCUGAUAGCUCCAAAGCUGGCUCCACCAGCCUCUACCGCUGGAAUCAGAAUGGCUUCUAUUCCCACCAGGAUCUGCACUCCUGGCACCGAGACACGGAUGUGGAGUACGUGGAGAUAGAUGGCAAGCCCCGCCUCAUCAUCUCCAGCAGCUCCCAGGUACCCAUUAUCUACCAGUGGAACCGCUCACAGAAGCAGUUUGUCCACCUGGGAGACGUGGCAGAAGUAAUGGAUGUUCAGAUGGUCAAGCAUUUCCGAAUUAAGAGGGACAAUUAUUUGUGCUUGAGCCGCUACAUUGGUGACUCCAAGGUGGUCAAGUGGGAGGGGCUACGAUUCACAGAGCUGCAGACCUUGCCUUCACGAGGUUCCAUGGUCAUGGAGCCUUUCCGAGUCUCUCAGCACCAGUACAUGGCCCUGGGCAGUGACUUCUCUUUUACCCAUAUCUACCUUUGGGAUGAAGAAAAGCAGAAGUUUGUCAAGUUCCAGGAACUCUCUGUCCAGGCUCCACGGGCAUUCCACCCAGUUCCCUUGGAAGGCAUGGAUAUCCUGCUAGCACCUAGUUUCAAAGGAAACACAUUAGUCUACAAGCAUAUUGUGGUAGACCUCAGCUUGUAG